GGGGUCGGGGUCGGGAGAGAAGCCCCGGAGCCGCAGUCCCUGUCGUUGGCCGUCGUGCUCCGAGCGUACGAGCAGCCGAUCAACGAGGAACAGGCCUGGGCCGUCUGCUACCAGUGCUGCCGCUCCCUGCGGGGCCGCGGGGCCGGGGAGCGGGGCCCGGGGGCCCCCGUGAAGGAGCCCGGAGCCAUCCGCCUGCACCGGGACGGCAGCGUGUCCGUGUGCGGGUCCGCGUGCGGGUCCGGGUCCCGGUGCGUGUGCGGGGAGGACAGCCACAGAGAGCCGCUGCCACUGCCACUGCCACUGCCAGAGGAGCUCACAGACUCCAAGAUGAAAUUUUCCCGCCCACUGUGCACGGAAGGUCAGAUGGUGCAGUCUCUGGGAUUCGCUAUCUACCGGGCACUGGAUUGGGGUCUGGAGGAGAAUGAGGAGAGAGAACUGAGUCGGCAGUUGGAGCAGCUUAUCGAUCAGAUGGCAAACUGUGACUCGGAAGGCAGCAAUGGGACAUCUGAUGAGGGCUACAGUGGGCAGGAGGAGGAGGAGGAGAGCGAUAAUGCACCACGCUCAGUGAGGACUUUUGAACAAGUAAUGCGAGCGUGUGCUGCACAUUUAGUGGACCCUAAUGAGGCCAAUGCACAUUAUCAAGCAGUCUGCCGGGCACUGUUUGUGGAAACGUUAGAGCUGAAGACAUUCCUGGUGAAAAUUAAAGAUGCUAAAGAGAUGCUGAAGAAGAUGCAGGCUGGAGAGCCCCAGUCAGAACACACAGCAACGGUGGAGCUCAAUAACCUGAACCAUACUGAUUGGGCCCGGCUCUGGGUGCAGUUGAUGAGGGAACUGCGUUACGGUGUCAAACUAAAAAACGUUCAGGAAAAACAAUACAACCCUCUGCCAACCGAAUUCCAACUGACGCCGUUUGAGAUGCUGAUGCAGGACAUUCGAACUCGCAAAUAUAAACUCCGCAAGGUGAUGGUAAAUGGGGACCUCCCACCUCGCGUCAAGAAAGAUGCUCAUGAACUCAUUCUUGAUUUUAUAAGAUCACGGCCUCCUUUAAAACCGGUCUCGGAAAGAAAUCUACGCCCCAAACCUCAGAAACCUCCCUGUUUGCAUGAGAGGAUUCUGGAAGAGAUCAAAUCUGAGAGAAAACUUCGGCCAGUGGCGAAAUUGGGCAGAAACAAGUUGCAAGAGGUAACAUUUGGAUCAUUGCCAUGCCUUGUGCAUGCCUGCACUGAUCAACUAAAGUCCACUUCGUGCAUAGACCUCUCAACUCCUGAGCCCACGGGAAGCUCACUGCGUCCUCGACCCAGAGUAUUACUGAAAGCUCCAACCCUGGCUGAGAUGGAAGAAAUGAGCAUUUCUGAGGAGGAAGAGUCACCCAAUGGCGAGAUCAGAAGGGUAACAAGCUCUCCGAUACCACUCAAGCGCGAUCGUUCCUUCUCAGAACAUGAUCUGACCCAGUUACAGAGCGAGUUAGCCCUAUCGCAGUCGGAAUCCGCUUAUCUAUCAACAAAGGGCUCUGACUUGAGACUCUGUUCAGGAAGUACAGUCACUCUCGCUGAAGCUGCCUCUUCAAACAAAGUAGGACCGAGUAAGGAGGCAGUACCAGCUGGCUCUCGUGCAUGGAGAAGCACUCACUUGACUUCUUUACAAAGAGACCAACGUCAUUCUACCCAGGAUGUUCCAGGCAACGAGUCCACCUGUUCCAGGCGCCAGUGGAUGGAUGAAUUCAGUCACCCGGUGGAGAGUCUUACAUUGACUGUGGAGGAAGUCAGCAAUGUUCGAAAAGUCUUAGUGAAAGCAGAAAUGGAGAAGUUUGCACAAAACAAAGAUCUCCACAACAACCUGAAAAAGGGAAAGGUUUGCUGCUGCUGUAAAGUGAAGUUCCCUUUGAUUUCAUGGCCUUCAUCCUGUCUAUUCUGUAAAAGAGCGGUCUGUGGCUCUUGUAGCUUAAAGAUGAAGAUUCCAUCCAAGAAGUUGGCCCACAUUCCGAUCUACACAGUGGGUUUCAAAAAUAUCCCGGGAGCCAGUAAUUCAAAAGCCUCUCAGAAUAAAGGAACCUUUCCAUCUCAGUCUCUGAAGAGCCUGAGUCACCGGUCAGUAGAAGAGGAAUUUCCGCACCUCUACACGCACGGCUGCAGCAUGAAAGACGUCUGUACCGAAUGUGCAAAAUUUGUUGCUGAUGUCAUUAACUCCAGCAGAAAAAGCUUGGACCUUCUGAAUAGCACCCCAUCGAGGAAAGUACAGUCCAUGUACACCCGCUCAACACGAUCCUCAAAACUUUAAGAGCAAAAGCAAAAUCUUGACUGAAUUUAAAAUCACCGUGUGAUAGCCAGCCAGAGCUUUUAAACAGCCACACACACUGCACGUGCUGACAUUAAUUCCUAAAAGAUCAAUGUGUAGUGCUUCAACGAUACACCAGUGUCCGUCUGUCCGUCCUUCUGAUCUCUUGGAGCUGUGACAGGUGUGGUGAGGAUUGUGGAAAUGAGCGAGACAGGUGGAAUUCAAGUGACAAGGUUUUGUACGUUCUUGGUAAAAACACUUUUCACCAAGACGUAAUUCUUGAUUACAGUAAGAAUAGAAAUAUUGUUGGGUUUUUUUNAGUUGGGGAGCAAAACCAGGCCUCUUUGUAAUGAAUUUUAGGGGUUAACACCUCAUUGAGAGGAGAAGGGACAAGUAAAAAUGUUUUCACCUUUUGCUGGCAAAUAGUGGCUCUGUAGAAGCAAUAGCGUUGAUCGGGGAGACAAGAGUAGCAUAGGAUUCAAGGGUCUGAGACACAACUGUUUCAGGGGAGUGAGUGCAAAGAAUUGGAUAUUUAUUUUUUCAAUCCAUUUUUUAAAAAUUCUUAACUUCGUUGGCUUUUGUUUGCUUAUUCGCAAUCCCCUGUAGGUCAGCUCCCUGGCUGCUGAGCCAUUUACUAACGGUAGUUGACCUCCAAGAUGGACUGGACUGGUAUAGAUAUGUUCAGAUCCCUGAGCUAACUAAUUUAACUUUAACGUUAAUUAGUUUAACUUCAGAAUCCUUUCAGCUUAACUCACAACUAAACAUCUUGGCGUCAGUCAUUAUUUCCUUUCAACAAUGGCAUUGGAGAGGCAUGGAUUUCCACCAGCAGCCUGAAUUGGGCAGGAGAAAUUUGUUAAAGUUUUUUUUUAUUUUCUCUGCUGCUCAGCGGUGUCUCCAACUGACCAAUCUGGAGGUGGGGUUUCAGGUUGAGGCAUCUGAAAUAGUGCUGAUAUAAUGCGAUAUGCAUGGCAAUGUGAUUAGUUUUUAAAAGGAGCGCUCAAGUGAUUUACACUGGAGGCUAUGAACAUUUUCUCAGCACUGUGCUGGAUCAUUUGUGAUACUGGGACCUGUUAACUGCUUGACAUCAAUCUGAAAUGGGCUAAUAACGUUUAUAGGAGGCACAUUGCUGCAAAGUUGUAAACCAUAUGAGGAGUUUAGUUGAUGUCUUAAACACUUGAGAGCAAAAGCUUGGAUGUUUCUAUGAAUUUGGCCAAAGUAGAAAGACUGUUACAAACUCGUCACACUGCACAAGAUGCUGUUGCUUUGCUCUGUAUCUGCUUCAUGUUUUCCACAUUUGCCAGUCUUUACCAUUCGGGUUGUGCUCAUUGCAGUGAGACAAAUGAGAUGGCAGAUGAGGAAGCCAGUGUUUUUUUUUAACAGUGUACUCCCAGGGUAUUCACAUAUUUUAAGUAAGUGACUAACCGAUAAACAAUGAAGCGACCACUUGGGGAAAACUGUGUACUGAAAACUGGCCAUUAAAAUCGCUUGUGCUGUUCGUUGUCUUCAUUAUUUUAAACCUCUUCCUUGCGGCUUGACCUUUUGUAGGGACGGCUAAGGGAACAAGUAGAGACAUUUUAGAAGUCUCCGGAAUAGGAACCCACAGAAAAGGUGGGGACAAAGCACAGUGGCUACACAGUGGUGUAAUAAAUGUGGAGUCGGUUGCAUGUUUUACACGCAAAUAAAUCUUGACAGUAAAGUUGCAUGAUGCACUAACGGGUACCUGGUUAUCUCCCCCUACAAGGCUAGGUAAUCAUACAGAGCUUCUCCAUGUGCCUUUUAAUUGUGACUGAAUCUAAUCGGACACAGAUUAGCACAGCUCCAAUAUGUACUGUAUAAAACUAGAAAUAUUUAGCACUGGACAAUAUUGAUGCAUCUAUGGCAAAAUGAUUCUGAUAAGUAUCUGUGCAUGUAGAAAGGGUUUCUCGGCUGAGCACAUUGGCAAGGUCACUGGGUCACUUUUUGCUUCACGGCCUGUUAGAAAGGCAUUGGGAAGUCCACCGGAACUUCAGGUCUAACAUCUCCUCUGAAGGAUGCACCUCCACUGUACAGGAGCCAGAGUCCCUCACUUUGAUGUCGGAAUGAGGAAUGAGAUUCUUAGGCAGGGCUUGAAGAUCCCAUAUAUCCAGAGAUCGGACUAUUCUAAACUAAGUCGACUAACAUUCUCGUUUGUGCAGUAUCUGUAUGUCUGUGCAUAACAAAGGAAUCAUAUGGGUGAGACCGAUGCAUGCUGCUAAGGACAAAUGUGUUAGCUUCUCGUUAAGCCAUUGAAAUUAAUGUUUUUUUGAAAUUUGAAUUCCAAUAAAUCUCGCCAGUGGAACUUUUGCUGAAAGAAACCUUUAUUCCUGUACUAAAUGUUAACAGUAUGAUAAGCAAUGAAUAAGAGUCAAUGCAUCUUCCCUGGGCUGUUGGGGAUAUGUGUUGUGUGAACACUGACUGGAUUUCAGUCAAACAUGCUAAAAGCUAAAAUUUAAUUAAUAUAUGAAAUACAUUAAUUAAACGUUUUAUAUAUAAUAUAUAUAUAUAUGCCUGCUGUUCAAUACUGAAUGUAAAAAAUUGUUUGGUAUGUAUGUAUUUUCUUGUAAAUACAAGUUCUCCAGGAGGAAAUAAAACUGUACAAACUCUAA